AUGAAGGACGUGUCAUUUGUGGAUCGUCUCUUUGUCGGCCUGGCCAUGGCCUCCUUUGUUCUUGCCACCGAGGAGAGGAUUGACUGCCCUCAGCUGUGUGUCUGUGAGAUUAGACCAUGGUUUUCUCCCAGCUCGGUGUACAUGGAAGCUCCGACAGUUGACUGUAAUGACUUGGGACUGUUUAGCCUGCCGGGGAAGCUACCUGCUGACACGCAAGUCUUGUUGCUACAGACCAACAACAUUGCAAAGAUUGACAAACCCUUGGAUUACCUGGCCAACAUCACAGAGAUUGAUUUAUCGCAAAACAAUGUAUCCUCCAUCAGUGACAUCCACCUGGGGUGUCUUUCUCAGCUGCUGUCCCUUCAUAUGGAGGAGAACUGGAUACAGGAACUGCCCGGGAGCUGUUUAGUGGAGCUGGUAACCCUUCAGGAGCUCUACAUUAAUCACAACCUUAUUUCCUCCAUCUCCCCCAAUGCUUUCCAGGGUCUCAGCAGCCUCCUGCGGUUGCACCUCAACUCCAACAAACUGAAGACCAUCAAUAAGGAGUGGUUCGAAGCCAUGCCCAGUCUGGAGAUACUUAUGAUUGGUGAGAAUCCGGUGGUUUCUAUUGAGGACAUGAACUUCAAACCUCUCGGUAACCUACGCAGUCUUGUUCUAACCAGGAUGAACCUCUCACAGCUAUCUGACGAUGCCCUGGCGGGUCUUGAGAACUUAGAGAGCAUCUCUUUCUAUGAUAACAUUUUCCCCGAGGUCCCUCACUCUGCCCUAAGGAACCUAAAGAAUCUCAAGUUUUUGGAUUUAAAUAAAAAUCCUAUUGGGAGGAUACAGAGAGGAGACUUUGUGGACAUGCUCCAUCUAAAAGAGCUAGGGAUUAAUAGCAUGCCAGAGCUGGUUUCAAUUGACAGCUUUGCCCUCAAUAACCUUCCUGAGCUGACCAAAAUAGAAGCAACUAACAACCCUAAACUCUCCUACAUUCACCCCAAUGCUUUCUACAAGUUGCCCAGGCUGGAGACCCUGAUGCUAAAUGGUAAUGCGCUCAGUGCUCUCCAUAGGAUUACUGUCGAGUCCCUCCCGAAUCUCAGAGAGGUUAGCAUGCACAGCAACCCCAUCCGCUGUGACUGCGUAGUCCGCUGGAUGAACAUGAACAGGACAAACAUCCGUUUCAUGGAGCCUGAUUCGCUGUACUGUGUGGAGCCGCCUGAAUACGAGGGCCAGCAUGUCCGGCAGGUGCACUUCAGGGAGAUGAUGGAGAUUUGUCUGCCGCUUAUCUCUCCUGAAAGCAUGCCCGGGCACAUCAAAGCCCAAAACGGGAGCUCUGUGUCACUCCACUGCCGGGCCUUUGCUGAACCAGAACCAGACAUUUACUGGAUCACCCCAUCUGGUACCAGGGUUCUGCCCAACACCGUGUCUGACAAGUUCUACAUGCAUCCAGAGGGAACGUUUGACAUCUAUGAUAUAACAGAGAACGAGGCCGGGCUAUACACCUGUGUUGCCCAUAAUCUGGUUGGAGCAGAUCUCAAGUCUGUUUCAGUAGAGGUGAAUGGAUACUUUCCCCAGUCUGCCAAUGGAUCUGUGAAUGUCAAAAUCAAGUCGGUAGCGACCAACUCCAUCUUAAUUUCAUGGAAUACCACCCACGGUAGCUUGGCUCCAAAUAUUAAAUGGUACUCCAUGACAGAUUCGAACCACCCUACCAUGGCCUUCACUGCCAGGGUCCCCACUGACAUCAAAAUGUACAACCUCACCCAUCUUAGCCCUGCCACUCAGUACAAAGUCUGUGUGGACGUCCACAGCAUUCAUUACAAACACGACACCAAAUGUGUCAAUGUCACCACUAAGGGAUUAGAGCUGGCAGUCAAGGACGCAGAAAAGUGGGAUGCGGCAGUAAUCACUGUCUUUGGUGUGCUCCUGGCUGUGAUUUCAGUGGCCUGCCUCCUUAUUUAUGUGUCUCUGAGGAACCACCACCUUUAUGGGGAUUUAAGGAAAUGUGACUCCAAAGCUUCACUGACACCGGCGGAGGCUGCCGGCAUGCACCCCCCUUUCUUUACGAGGCUGUGGGUCUUGGGUAAAGGACUGCCAAACGGAGUGGAAGUGAAAGCCACAGUCAUAAACGUAUCUGACAAUGCCUUUUAAGAAGAGCGGCUCCGGAGAGCACCACACAAAAAUUAGCAGAGAAUGGGAAAGGCCACAAGGGGGGAACAGGAAAGGACAAAUCUGCAGUAUUGUUUAAUAGACACACCCUUUAUGUGGGUCCCAACUCAGAUGUACUUGCAAAACUAUCAUUUGUUCAAGGUUGGACAAUUUAAAAUAGACUACAAGCCUCUCCAGUUUCAAAUCUAGCUGAAGUGGUCGCUUUAUAACAGUUAUAUCAAGCCCAAGCAAACAUCAGUAGGAAGGGGCAGCUACCGCUAAAAGAUAUAUUCCAGUGACAUUCACACAUAAAUACAGACUGAAUAAAAAAGGCAAGAGGCGAGAUGAUGGCGGUCUACUCUCUUGUAACUGACUGUUUAAUGUAUUCAGAGUCGUGGAACUGUCCGUGUGGUCCCAAGCAAUACCGUCUGUGCUUUGUCAAACAUCCAUAGACGAGUUAGAGAUACAGAAAUACCACCUGUCUAUACUGGGAAGGGAGAUUUAGUAGAGUAGACGAAUAACAGUGACUAUGGUGUAAAUCUUUUGAUGAAACAUGCCCCCCUCCCCCUCCUCCUCCUCCUCCCCCUUUUUUCUAUUUAAAAAAAAAAGAGGAUUCUUGAUUUUUCAUGGAAAUAUUGUUAUAUAUUCUAUUCUGGUGAUGUAUUGGGAAAUCCUCUGUACCUGAACAGCUUAAAUGGGUUUUAGAUUAAGGCGAGGAGCAGAAUACUCUCUUGAUUACAACUUCACGUUAAGCUUAAUGAAAAUCGACGACAAAGUGGGUAUCUGGAGAGAACAUUUGCUGAAAUGGCUGUUUAUGCUGUGUAGUUUUCAUAGCAACGGUGACUGGGAAACAAAAUGGGGAUGGCAGGAAUAUAUAUAAUAUAUAUACAUAUACACAUAUAUAUAUGUGUGUGUAGACAUAUUUAUGAUGUGAUCGCUCCCCACGAAGGACGGAAAGUGGUUUGUUAUGCCCCGGUAAGUGCCUACAACAAGAACUACAUGCGAUAAACAGAAAAGAUGCUGAAGAAAUAAUGUUCAGAACUAAAGCAAAACAUGGCCAUGUCUUCAUCGCAGAAUCACAAGCUAAUCUCCAGUACUUUUAGUGGAAAUACUUUCUCAGUAUUUUUAGCAUACAUGUUUUAAGGAAACAUUGCGUUGUUGCUUUGGGUGUAAAGUUAAAAAGCCAUUUUUAUAUUUGACUGUAUAAUAUGUGAUUAAUGGGCACAAACAGACUAAAUAAGAAUCGUGCUAAGGAAAAAAAAACAAAACAAUAAAUGUCA